AUGAGGAUUGUUAUUCCGCCGAGUCUUAGACCGCACAUGCUUGAACUUACUCAUCAGUCCCACUUGGGGAUAGUGAAGUGUAAACAGAGAGCUCGUGAAGUAGCUUACUGGCCAGGUAUGAGUUCCCAGAUCGAGGAAACCGUGCGAAACUGUUCAAAGUGUGCAACCUAUCAGAACAAACAAUUCCCAGAACCUCUUAAGCCAUCACCCGUACCAGAACUUCCAUACCAAGUAGUAGGAUGUGAUCUGUUUGACUUUCAGUCGAAAAAGUACCUCAUCUUAGUGGACUAUUUUUCUCAUUAUGUCGAUGUAGUAGAGCUGAAAUCUCCGUCAACCACCUCAACGCUGGAAGCUAUGAAGUCAGUGUUCGCUUGUCAUGGAAUACCUAGACAACUAUAUAAUGGACCUCAGUUCACGUCGCAACAGUUCAAAUCAUUCUGUCGAACAUACGACAUUGAACACAAGACAUCAAGUCCAAACUUCCAGAGCUCCAAUGGGGAAGCCGAACGAGCCGUUCAGACAGUCAAACGUCUUUGGCGGAAAGCAGAUGACAAAUAUCUAGCGCUACUAACUACCGUACGACACCCUUUAUCAACCUGUCACCAGCCCAGCUACUGA